UUCUGCUUUUCAAUGGACGAACCGGUUAGCAAUGCCCAGAACGAAGACUUUGAGCCAAAGGCUCCAGUCAAAAACCUGACUCCAAACUCCAUGAGGUCCAACAUGCCACACUUUUUUGAACGAAUUGCGCAAUUAGCGGUAUGAUACCUGGGUUUAUAAAUUGGCAGUGGGUUCCUUCAACAGGUUUCACAUUAAUUAUGUUAUUUUUAAUACAGUGGGCUCGCGUCAUGGAAAGCCGAGAGACACGAAUUUAUGUAGCUCUGAGCUUCAUUACCGCCUUUGUAUGCAUCAUUCUAGAAGGCAUGGUAUACAAAGCCCAUUCGGAUGAAUCCACUAGUGUAUACAACUCUAUACAACAGGUUGAUGAUGGCAGCGCUAAGAACGACUACGGCUAUAUCGACCUCAGUCUUAUACGAGUACGCAACGAAAAUAUCUUUUUCAUUAUUUACCAGAUAUUUCAAACUUAUUAUGGUAUCGAUUCGGUCGUCCGUCAAAACUUAAUUCAACUCCUUGCCCAUACUGGAUCUAUCUUUUUCUGUGCCAUCUUCGCGUUGGUACAGUUAGGUGAAACCCUCAAGUUCAAAGCUGAGGUGUGGUCAAGCGAUAACACCUUUAAUGUAUCCACCGAUAACGGAGGCUUUUAUGAGGCUAUUCGAUAUGAGAUUGGUCUUGCCGCCACUAUGGCAAUUUUGACCUUGAUCUUCGCAUACCUUUGUAGAAAGUUGGCAUUGCAGUUUGGUUGGAAUAUAUAUAAGCGUAUUGGAGCUGACUUGGCAAUCCAGAAGCGUUACCGCAUAUACCAAUUCUUCAUUCUGAAUCUCAAAUUGGAUGCAUUCUUCCAGUUCGUUUUCUCAGUCUUCUGGCUGAUAGUAAUGGUACAGAGUGGAUAUCAAAACGGAGCCGCCGCUUCUGUCGUCUGGUUUGCAAUUCAUAUCAUCUUGACAUUGCUCCUACUUCCCACCUUUUUCUUUGCUCGAUAUGGAGCGCGAACUGAGCGACCCGUUAUUAUGUGGUUGUACUUAGUACUACAAGUGUUGAUUUUGGUAGACUUUUGCAUCAUCUUGCAGCAGAGCACAUCGACUUGGGUGUUUUGGGUUCUCAUUGUAUGCGUUUCCAUCAUUUUGUCGGUGACUACCAUCAUUCUCACUAUCCUACUCACCCGCAACUUUGGCCAAGGUUUAAAACCCCACAGUAAGCUAGCAUGACCUUAUAUUACCUAGACUUGAAUCAAUCGGCCCCUAACUUUUGGAACUUGUAGUCCAAAGAUUGUUUGAUGAGAAUUAUCGCGACUUCUUUGAUUCUUCCAGAAAUCCCAACUUGAAAGAGCAGAACACUCAAUCUUCUUGGGUGAUCGAUGACGUAGAAAGUACUCCUGCCAAUUCUCCGCCUCCCACACGUAGUGCGACUAGAAAUGGUUGGAAAUGGGCUACCAGACGACCCAAGCAGAACUUGAGCAAUGAUGUAAUGCUUGAGAAGACCAACAUCAAUCGAUCUGAGACCCCAACUCAGGUCGAUGAAGAACAAGCAGUGUCUGGUAAUCAGUCUUCGGUGCUACAGUAAUCGUAUCUCUAGCAUCCAUUUACCAAAUAGUAGCGUUACCCAAUAUCUCUUUACCUAC